UCGCCGUUAGAAGCUUUUAAUGCCUCGCUUUUACUCUCUUGCCAGAGAGCCCAGCCACUCCCACACUCCCACCAUUAUCACUCUCUCUCUCUCUCUCUCUCUCACUCUCUCUGUGUGUUAUUUAUAGUCUUGUAGACCAACCUACACUAUCUCUGACAAGAGCUGACCCCCCACCACCUUUCUUUAAUGGCUUCCUCCCCUCACUAGGGUUCGAAUUUCAUUGCUCUCUCUCACUCCGGCCCCUUGCACGGCGAGCUUUCGCAUCAGCCCACUUCAUCUCAGAAAACCCAGAUUCCUUCUUCAUUCUUACAGCUCAAAGACUCAACCUUCAAUCACUAUCUUCCAAUUCCAAGUUCCAAGCUCGUGUUCAAUUGGGCCUCUUACAGUGGUUGUUCAUUUAUUCUUGAUCAACUUGGUUUAACUUGUCAUUUCGUUUUCUUUUUAUUAAACGAAUUCGAAAGAAGAAAUAAAAAAGAAAAGGGAAAAGCAGGAAAAAGUGGAGGGGUGUUGUAAUUGUUGUUGGUGGGUUACUUUACCUUUGUUCUUUUGCUUUGUCCAUUAUUACACAUGGCUUAGUGCAUUUGUCUGUUCAGAGAGACCACCAAAAUCCUCUCUCUCUGUUUUUGUUUGCUUUCGAGUUUCAAGCCUCUGAGAAAUUCAUUAGCUUUUUUAAUCUCUGACCUCUGUUUUUUCGCGUCCUUUUGUGGCUUCACUCUGCUGCCUUCACCUUCUUCACCUUACUUCUCACUGUUUCUCUUCAGAACUGGAAGCUUCGGGACCUUGAAACUUUCAUGGGGGCGUAGCAGACCAGUCACUUUGUACUGUCAGAGAUAUUGGACUUGGAGAUGGCAUUCAAGCUCUUCUUUUUCAUUCUUCUAGCUCCUCUCCUCGUACGUGCUUUAGAACCUGUUUUCAACGACGACGUUCUGGGCCUGAUCGUGUUCAAGGCCGGGCUUCGAGACCCAAAAGCCAAGCUCACUUCAUGGAGCGAAGAUGACAACAAUCCUUGCAGCUGGGUUGGUGUUAAAUGCGACCCAAGAACCAACCGAGUCUCUGAGCUUGUUCUUGACGGCUUUUCUCUAUCUGGGCAUGUAGGCCGAGGCCUUUUGAGGUUGCAAUUCCUUCAAAUACUCUCACUUGCCAAUAACAACUUCACUGGGACCAUAAACCCUGAUCUCCCUCACCUUGGAAGCUUACAAGUCAUUGAUUUGAGCCAGAACAGCCUCUCUGGGCCGAUCCCGGAUGAGUUUUUUAUGCAAUGUGGGUCGCUAAGAGUGGUUUCAUUUGCUAGAAACAAUCUCACAGGGCAGAUUCCUCAGUCUUUGAGCAUAUGCCAGACAUUGGUGGCGGUGAACUUUUCCUCUAAUCAGCUAUCUGGGAAAUUGCCAUCUGGGAUUUGGUAUUUGAGGGGCCUUCAAGCACUUGACUUGUCAGAUAACUUGCUGGAGGGAGAAGUUCCUGAAGGUAUGGAAAAUUUGUAUGAUUUGAGAGUAAUUAACUUCCGAAAAAACUGGUUUUCGGGGAAGCUUCCCUGGGAUAUUGGAAGUUGUUUACUUUUGAAGUUGCUUGAUUUUAGUGAAAAUUUCUUUUCUGGGAGCAUUCCGGAAUCAAUUCAGAGACUUAGUUCAUGCAGUUCUCUGAGUUUACGGGGAAAUUCUUUUGCUGGUCAAAUUCCAAAUUGGCUUGGUGAUUUGAGGAGCCUUGAGAUGUUAGAUAUCUCUGGUAAUAAUUUUUCUGGGGGAAUUCCAAGCUCAUUUGGAAAUCUGGAGCUACUUGAAAAGUUAAAUUUAUCUAGGAAUGAAUUUACUGGAAGUUUGCCAGAGUCAUUGACUAAUUGCAUCAAACUUUUAGCUAUAGAUGUUAGCCAUAAUCUGUUGGCAGGUAAACUUCCUUCAUGGAUUUUUAAGCUUGGUAUACAAAGUGUUUCUCUUUCUGGCAACCGAUUAAGUGGAAGUGCGGAAUAUAGUUCAUUGACAUCAGUGGAAGCCUCUAAUGGGGGUCUUCAGGUCUUGGAUUUGUCUUCCAAUGAAUUUUCUGAUGUGCUUCCAUCCGACAUUGGGGUUCUUAGUAGCUUGCAGUUCUUGAAUAUGUCUGGGAACCAUCUCCUGGGUUCUAUUCCAGCAAGUAUAGGUAAAUUAAAGACAGCAUCUGUUGUUGACUUGAGUGACAAUCAACUAAAUGGAAGCAUUCCUUCUGAAAUUGGAGGGGUAGUCUCGCUCAAGGAACUAAGGCUGCAGAAGAACUUUCUAACUGGGAAAAUUCCAUCUCAGAUUGAGAAGUGUUCAUCUCUAACAUCUCUGAUGCUGUCCCAGAACAACCUAACUGGACCUAUUCCUGCAGCCAUUGCAAACCUUUCUAAUCUUCAAUAUGUAGACUUGUCUUUAAACAAAUUCUCUGGAAGUUUACCAAAAGAGCUGACAAAUCUUUCCCACCUCCUCUACUUCAAUGUCUCCCAUAACCACCUUCAGGGUGACCUUCCCUUAGGGGGCUUCUUCAACACUAUCUCACCCUCAUCUGUCUCGGGCAAUCCAUCCCUAUGCGGAUCUGUUGUUAACCGUUCCUGCAUUUCCGUCCACCCCAAACCCAUUGUCCUCAACCCAAAUUCUUCCAACCCCAUUGGCAGUUCUUCCUCACCAACUCAUGGUCACAAGAUCAUAUUCAGCAUAUCAGCUCUCGUUGCUAUAGGCGCAGCUGCAUUCAUUGCCAUUGGUGUCAUAGCUGUUACCGUCCUCAAUAUCCAUGCGCGGUCUUCAGUUUCACGUUCUGCUGCUCCUCUUGAGUUAUCUGGUGGGGAAGAUUAUAGUUGUUCCCCUACUACUGAUCCAAACUACGGCAAGCUUGUCAUGUUUUCUGGUGAUGCUGACUUUGGUGCCGGGACCCAAGCCUUGCUCAACAAGGACUGUGAACUUGGUCGUGGUGGGUUUGGAGUAGUGUACAGAACAGUCCUUAGAAAUGGGCGUUCAGUUGCAAUAAAAAAGCUAACGGUCUCAAGUUUGAUCAAGUCCCAAGAAGAUUUUGAGAGGGAAGUUAAGGGACUUGGAAAGAUCAGGCACCAUAAUCUUGUGGCACUUGAAGGAUAUUACUGGACUCCGUCGUUGCAGCUCCUCAUAUACGAGUAUAUACCUUGCGGGAGUCUGUAUAAGAAUCUGCAUGAUGGACUUGGAAAAAGCUGCCUCACUUGGCGACAGAGGUUCAACAUAAUUCUAGGGAUGGCAAAGGGUUUGGCUCAUUUGCACCAAAUAAACAUAAUUCACUACAAUUUGAAAUCAACUAACGUUUUGAUAGACAGCUCUGGUGCUCCAAAGGUAGGAGACUUUGGCCUGGCAAGGCUGUUGCCAACGUUAGACCGGUGCAUCUUAAGCAGCAAAAUCCAAAGUGCACUUGGCUACAUGGCGCCUGAGUUUGCAUGUCAAACGGUUAAGAUUACUGAGAAAUGUGAUGUGUAUGGGUUCGGAAUCUUGGUUUUGGAGGUGGUGACAGGGAAGCGGCCUGUGGAAUAUAUGGAGGAUGAUGUGGUGGUACUUUGUGACAUGGUGAGGGGAGCACUGGAGGAAGGCAGGGUAGAGGAAUGCCUUGACCAAAAGCUCCUGGGUAAUUUUCCAGCAGAUGAGGCAAUUCCAAUGGUCAAGCUGGGUUUGAUAUGUGCAUCUCAAGUGCCAUCGAAUCGCCCGGACAUGAAUGAAGUAAUCAACAUUUUAGAACUCAUCCAAUGCCCUUCAGAAGUCCAGGAGGAAUUAGAAUAAAUUUAGUUUACAGAUUAAGAAAAGUAACAGGUUCAUAUGUUCCGGUGAAGAACAAUCCGGUUUGGUUCAAGCAAAAGAAAAAAAGAAUAUAGUGUUGGAGGUCCAUUUCCAUGUCUUUCAAUCCUUUUAAGAGUAUUGUAUUUUUGUCUGUACUUUUUUGCCUGUUGAAUUCUAUAGCACUUGUAUGGUGCCGGAUUGCUUUUCACCGGUUUGAAAUGGGACAAUUUGAAUGGUGUUUAGAUUCAA